AUUCAGUAUUGCUUUACUAAUAACACGAGUAUAUUGAAGACAAACAACAAUGGAGGCUUGUAAUGCUGUCGAACGCGAAGUUGACAAAGUUUUAUUAAAAUUUGGUGCUAUCAACGAACAUGCGGAUACCGUUCUACGAGAUUUAAUAAAUCACAGCGAGUCAUUAAAAAAAGAAUUAGAAGAAGCACCAUCCGAUCAUGAAUUAACACCAGGUCAAGUGCAAGUAUUGAAACAGGCAAUGUCGAAGGUUCGUGAUAUUGUACAACGUUUGGCUACCGAUCACCGAGAUUUACACAGUACAGUAUCUAAAGUGGGAAAAGCUAUCGAUAGAAAUUUCAUUGCUGAUUUUGCAAGUACGAGUAGAGAAGAUGUGUUUUCUGGUCCAGAAAAAUCUCACCUUCUUAAUCAAGUUAUUUGUCAACACUUCUACCGUCAAGGAAUGCUGGAUAUCGCAGACGAAUUGGCAACAGAAGCAGGAAUUAAAACCGAUGAAGGGAGGAAAGAACCGUUCACAGAAUUGAAUUAUAUACUUGAUUGCUUGAAGCAAAGAAAUUUAGAACCUGCACUUGAGUGGGCUAAAAAACACAGAGAAGCCCUAUUAGCACAAAAUUCGUCUCUAGAAUUUAAGUUACAUAGAUUACAUUUCAUAAGACUUGUACAACAAGGACCCACUAAACAAACAGAAGCAAUAAUGUAUGCCCGUCAAAAUCUUACGCAGUUUGUUGGACGUCAUGAAAAAGAAGUACAGGCUUUAAUGGGAACGUUACUUUAUUUACCUAACGGAAUAGAAUCAUCUCCAUAUAGCCAUUUAUUAGAUCCUACUUUAUGGCUCGAUAUUCAUGAUGUUUUUACUAAAGAAGCGUGUACAUUAUUAGGCCUAAGUGUUGACAGUCCGCUUUCGGUCUGUAUCAAUUCUGGAUGUACCGCACUUCCUGCUCUUCUCAAUAUUAAACAGGUCAUGCAACAAAGACAAGUAACUGGUAUAUGGAGCGGUAAAGAUGAACUUCCGAUCGAAAUAGAUUUGGGUAAACAAAGCCGUUAUCAUUCUGUUUUUGCAUGUCCGAUUCUUCGGCAACAAAGUACAGAAAAUAAUCCACCGAUGAAAUUAGUUUGUGGUCAUGUAAUAUCAAGGGAUGCAUUAAAUAAGCUCACCAAUGCGAACAAGUAUGUUGCUAGCAUAUCAAGAAGAUUGAAAUGCCCGUACUGUCCUGUGGAACAAAAUCCAGAAGAUGCUAGACUUAUAUACUUCUAGAUUACUGUGAUAUUAUAAAUAUAGAGACGAAUCUAUUGUUAAAUUAUAUAUAUAUAUAUAUAUAUUUAGUUUUGCAAUUUUUUCUUGUUGUCUGAUAAUUAGGUUCAAGUGAUAGGACAAAAUAUUAUAUUUGUGAGAAGAUGCAGAAGCAGCAGUAACAGCGGCAUAUUUAAUAUUUUUAUUAUUAUUUUAAGGAAAUUCAUGCUUAUGAGAUACUUGAAAUCAUUUACUUUUUUUUUUAUAUAUUAAAAGAAGAUCUAUGCUAAUGUGUAAUUAAAUACUAUUAACAUUUAAUUAUUUCUCGUAUGCAAAAGACUGAUAUUCAAGCAAUAGUGUAUAUUAAUUAACAUAGUUUUUUGUUUAUUUGCAAUUAUCUAUUAAAAAUGUUGCUCUCUUCUUCUUUCUUAUUAAAUAUUUAGUCAAAGACGAUUUGAAAAAUGAUCGAAAUUAAAUUAAUAAUUAUUCUUUUUGUUACUCGUCCUGACUGUUACUAAUUAUUUUAUUAUCGUUAGCAUUUAAAAGAAAAAAUUUUUUGUUACAUGUUUAUAUUAUUUCAAAUAAUAUAAAAGCUAACGAAUAAUUAUUGUAUUCGCAUGUAUGUAUGUAUGUAUGUGUAUGUGUCUAUUAAUUCGUUGAAAUCAACAUUAUAAAUUAUAUCGUAUCAUUUUAUAUUUAAUAUAUUUGCUUCGUAAUCGUAUAAUUAUAGUAAUUAUUUCUUUUUUUUUUUUUUUAUUUCUUUUUUCUUUGAGAUCAUAAAAAUAUAAUAUCGAUAAUAAUAAUAUUAUUAAAAAUAAUAAUACUUUUGUAAGUACAACUAAUCAUAUAAGCGUUAGAUUAUAAAUAAUUCUCUAAUUUCAUCAUCAAUUGUAUAAUAUAUCGUUUUACUGUAUUCAUAAGAAUGUGGGUUAUAUAUGCGUUACUAAAAAAAAAAGAAAGAAACUAUAUUACGUAUUAUAUGUCGUUAUUUUAUCUCAUAUUAUCAUAAAUGCAAAACCUG